CUGCAUUCUCCACCGAUUGGGUUUUUGUGGAUGAUAUAUUGGUGUCCUGAUUAGGAAACUGGAGGAAGCUGGAGGGAGCACUGCUUUUGCUGUUUUUGCUGCUUCUGAUGCCGAUUCUUUCUUUGAGGCAGAUCCUUUCUUCUUUCCAAUGCUUGCUCCUAUUUACUUGGUGGGUUUUGGGCAGGCUUUCAGCUUCUUCUAAUUUAUAAUAGCACAAUUUUAUUUGGUUGGUUUUUUUCUAUCUUCAGCUCAGUUGCAAUUCAAAUAUAACUACACUUAUAUCUCAUAUGCUAGGUAUUAAAUUGUAUCCAAUUCCUCUGUCCUUUGGCUUUUUUUUAUUGUUUAAUUUAUCUAUUUUGCUUGUUUUGUAUUUAUCCUUGAAUUAUCUACUAAAUUUGGCCUCUGGAUUAUUGAUUUAAUUUGUUUUAUUUCCUCGUAAACUUUAACUACUAUCAAUAUCGCUGAAGAAUAUGAAAAAAUGAUCAACUCAAUCUGCAAACCAAUUGAUUUAAAUAAAACUAAUAAUAACAUUAGCAACAAUAUUAUUAGUAAUAAUAAUAUUAAUAAUAUUAAUAACAUUAAUAACAUUAAUAGCAAUAAUAAUAACAAUAGCAAUAUAAUCCCCAAAACUUCCCCAACUGCAAAUUCAUUAGUUUCAGAAAUAAGUAAUUUGACCAAUAACUUCAAAAUUUUAAGCUCCUUAUCUAAUCAUUUAUCUACAACCAACCAGACUCAAAAUAAUAUCCUUAAUCCUACCAUUGCUAUUAAUAACAAUAAAGCUCUUUCAUUGACCUCAUCAGAACCAAUAUUAAUCAAUAACAAUAAUAUACAAAAUAUUUCAUCAUCUCCCGCUUUCAACAUAAAUGCACCAAAGAUUAAUCAACUGGACAGCCCAAAUACAGACUCCAUUGUCCAAAUUAAAUCAGCUCCAAUUUUUUCACAUGCACAAAUAAAGAUGAGUCAUUAUAACUAUAAUAGUGGUGAUAAUGAAAAUGAAAAUGAAAAUGAUAACUUAAUCGACUUUAAUAGUACUUCAUUUCAACUAGACGAUUCGAUCUCAAUUGAAUCGGAUUCAAAUACCACAAAAACUUCUGUUAUAAUUGAUGAUUUUCCUGAAUAUCAAAAUCUAA